UACAAUGCCUGAUGUAACUAUUCAGUACCUGCUAUGUAAGAACAGCUGCUAUAACUCAUCCUUUCACUAGACAGCUUAAAUGGCACUACCAACAGUCUUCUGCCCAGGCCACAUUUCCUUAGAGUCAUAAUUGUUGUAGGAUUAGGUGCUUUCAGCCCAGUUUCUGGACCCUUGUUGGUUAUGUGCCUUUCAGCAGAACUGUACCAUCUGACCCUCUUAGGACUGCUUUUCUGUGCUGCUUUCAGAAGUUAUGGCUUGAUGUAUGAAUGUGUAAUUUUGAAAAGCUACUGGUAAGUGCAUUCAUCUGUUUCUGAGAAUUGAGUGUCAUUCAUACUUCAUGUGCAUGUGGAACUGAAACGGUGUUGCUGAAUUACUGCACCUUCUUCUAAGGAGCUCAGGGAGGUGUGUGUUUAUCCCAUGUUAUUCUUCAAUUGACUGUCAGGGUAGGUUAGACUGAGGUUUGAACCUAGUUCCAGUUUAGCACUCUUGUCUUCCAAUUGGACUUUCUUACCUCUUACUUCUAUAUGUCAUCUGUAAGUAUAGAGGGAUGCACUGGGUAGAUGGCUACUCUUACCAACCGCUGAUGUUGGUUUUCCGGAAAAUUUUGAACUGGGAAAUUUUCAUAUACAAACCAGAGUAAUCUGCAUAGGAUAAUUUGCAUUGGGGAAAAAGUUAUCAUGCCCUAGAGAGUAAUCUAAUUUGGCAUGAUUAUUUUACUUGUAUUUAGUCAACAAAGCUAAACACGUUGAAACUGCCAAGCUUUCCUAAUAUUGUAUUUGCAAUUGGCACCUAUUCAUUGUAUCUAAUGAACAUAUGACAUGGGAAAACUUCCAUGGAAAAAGAAAGCACUUGGAACGUUCUGUGUGUGCAAACUUUCCCCACCCACACCACUGCUCUCAACCCUUAUUAGCAUGACUGAUCUAUACAGCUCAGAACUGGCUCCUUUCCCAUUCUCCAUGAUGGAUAGGGGCCCACCAACAUUAGCCUGACUUACUAACCAGUCAUUAUUUGUGAUAAGAAGGUGCAAAACAGUGGAAGUCUUUCCUGCUGCUUGGAAGAGAUUCCUGCAGUCUUACUCAAAAACAUCAGUAGAAAUGAGAUAUUUGGUGUAGAGAUCUGUGUGGUGCUGGGUCUCUUGCUUGCAAGAGGGCUGGGUGCACUUGCCUCUUGUGAGGUGGUAGGUAGAUCUGUAGAUGCCUACUGGUGGGCACUAAAAAGAUUUCAUAUUCCUACAUCAAUGUUUGGUGGCCAGAAAUAUACUGCCUCUGUCUCACUUGGUACCUGCAUGGCAGCAUCAGUCUUUUCUGGCUCAUGCUGGCUCAAGGAAUCCUAAAGGGCUGGCUAGAAUUGCCAAGGAGAAUUGCUGAUAGUGAUAUUUGCAGUCUUGAUGAGGAUAUUCUAUCCAUAGAGUUUCAUGCUGCGGCUGUCAGGGGGGGGGGAGGCCUUGCCACAGACAGAAAGUUCCUCAUUAUUAGAGUGAACUGUUUGAAAAGUUAAAUAAAUCAUCUUUGUGCUAUAUUUCAGUAAAGGCAUUUGGAGCAGGAUUGCUACCGGUAUAUAAAAAAGUUAAAGUCUUAGGUGUGGGCCAAAUGUGGAGCUGAGGACAUAGGAGAAAGUUUUCGAUGGAGAAAUAGUUUUGAAUGGCAGAUGAGUUCCCAUGGCAUUCAUUUUAUGGCCUGCUCUAGAUGGGUGUUAUACUCCCUUUGAAGGAGCAGGUUUGUAGCUGAGGGUUCUCCUGGAUCAAUUGCUGUCACCUGAGGCACAGGUGGCCUUAGUGAUGUGGAGUGCAUGCCAUCAGCUUUAAACUAGUGGCUCAAGUAUGACACUAUCAGGAUAGGGAUAACUUGAUUGCAGUAAUCUAUGUUCUGGGAACCUUAAAACUGGGCUGUUGCAAUGAACUUUAUGUAGAGCUGCCUUCAAAAAUGAUUUGGAAGCUUCAGUUAGUACAGAAUGUGGCUGCCUGAUUGUUGAAAGGUUUGAGGCAAACAGAUCAUAUACCACCAAUUCUGUUAUAACUACACUGGCUGCCUGUAAUCUUCUGGGCCCAAUUCAGAGUGCUGGUUUGAUCUAUAAAGCUAUUUACAGCUCAGGACCCCAAUAUUUUUCAGAACAUCUCUCCUGGUAUGAACAUAACCAGACCCUUACAUAUUUUACUCAGGUCCUUUGUGUGAGGGAGGAUCAGAGAGUGGUGACAAGGGAGAGGACCUUUUCAGUUGUGACUCCCUAUCUGUGCAAUAUUCUGCCCAAUGAAUUCCACCUGAUGCUAUCGUUGGCUUCUUGACUCUUGAUAGACUAAGAUGAUACUGUUUUAUUAUUAGUGUGCUACCAACAGUUCUUGUGGUUGUUUUAUGGUAACCUGGUGUGCUCUGGUCCAUGGGGUCACGAAGAGUCAGACACGACUAAACAACAACAACAACAAUUUAUAUUUAUGUUUUAAGUGCAUUGUAAGUCACUAGGAGGCCUUCAGUUAAUAAGCAACUAACAAGUCUAAUGCUUCUCUGCUUGAACUGAGAGGGAAUGCCAGAUAUGUGUGAGAUCCCAUGCUUGACCAAGGCUGCAAUUUUGAGUACAGACAGCUCCCCCCCCCCAUUUACACGUGUUCAAUAUGUGCGUGAUUGCAUCACGCUGAACCCAGACGUUACUUGGAAAUGUCAUAAAGACAUCACUGAAACAUUACUAAAAGGGUGAAAUGGGGGCAGAGCGAUGUGCUUGCAGGCUUUUUCAAUGGCUUUCAUUUAUACGUGAUUUCACUGACGUGCACAGUGCCUCGGAACAUAACCCCCGCGUAAACGGGGGGCUGCCUGCAUGCUGAUAACCUUUUAAUGGAAUCCUAGGCAUAUUUAUUUAAAAGUCCCAUUGAGAUGAUUGGGGCUUCUGUCAAAUAAGUGUGCAUAGGAAUACAGCCAUAGCCCUACUGAAAUAACUCUUAAUCUUAAAAACACUGUGCAAAAGAUACUGGUCCUGUUUUGAACCUGCAUUUUUUGUUUUUAUUUUGUUGAUACCGGUGCUAGGGGGAUCCUUAACUAUUUCAGCCUAUUAAAGUAGAACUAUCUGCUCUCCUGGAGGGAAUCCUUAUUUGCCGUAGUUGCCCAGAUAAAUUGCUGUUUGUAAAAGCCUGAAUUAGUGGUAUGCAUUUUUGGGUAAAGGAUUGAAAUUGGUAAUGUCCACAAGGUCUUCCCCAUGUCCUUGUGAAAAUAAUUAGAGACAGAGGUGCGUGUAUUGGGGACUGAGAAUCACUGGAAGAAACCCAGGUGCCUGGUCACUUAGGAUUUAACAUCCAUUGCUAGAGGUUUGAAGUGUUCAUCCAGCUCUAUAUGGGGCUGGCACCUUGAAAGCGUAUCUCAAAAGUAGAAGUAGCAUAAUAGCAUUAUUAAGGCCAACUCGAAAACCACAUAAUGAUGAACAAGCUCUUGAAUUCCCCACAGCUCUUAAUCCAGUUGUGGUGGGGAACUCAAAAGCUUACUUGCUGCUUCAUAAUACUUUAGUCGGCCCUGAGAAAUGCACUGCCCUGUUGCUAUUUUUGGAUCUGUUUUCUUUCUCUCUACCUCUCCCCACCCCCAACAUUAGAACUACAUGUCUACCUGCAGUUUUCAUGUGCUAUUAGUUCAUAUUUCCAGUUUCAGCAAUUGAACCAGAGAACUGAGGACACAGCACUGGCCAGAUAGAGAAUGGAGGAAAGAGUGGCUUGAUCGGGGCAUAUAGGUAUAUACCAACUUUCCUCCGAGGAGCUCAAGAUGGCAUACAUAGUUCUCUGCUCUAUUUUCUCCUCACAGCAACCCUGUGAGGUAGGUUAUGCAGAGAGUGAGUGACCGGUCCAAGGUCACCCUGCGAGCUUCAUGGCUGAGUAGGGAUUCAAAACUUGGUCUUGCAAUUAUAGCUGUUAACAGUAUUAUGCAGCCAUGUUUGUAACAAAGGGGGAAAACAAGUUUGGCAAGCCAAAUUGAUAGCUGCCUAAAUAAAGGCAUAGAAGCACGUUGUUGUGGUAUAGAGCUGGCGUAGUACAGUGACCAAGAAAUUGAAAUAUAAAUUGGCAUCUCCUCACCUCUCACCUCUGACAUGAGCUCACUAGGUGUCAUUAGGCAAGCCACUGUCUCUCAACCUCCUACUCCCAGUUUGACACUAUGAGAGUAAUAAUAUUGACUUUGAACACUCAGAAUCAUAGAAUUGUAGAGUUGGAAGGAACUCUGAGGACCAUCUAAUCCAGACAGAUCGCCAUCCAAUCUCUGCUUAAAAACAUCUAAGGAAGGAAUCCACUACCUCCCAAUGAGAAGAUGAUGGCUGCAAGUUUCUGGAAGGAUCUGUCCAUGGACCACACAACUGAUCUGCUUUAAAGUAAUAGUAAUUAUUUGCAACUGCACGUACUGUAAUGGACCCUCAGAAUACUGCUAUGUUAGGGCUGGGCUCUGGUUCUGAAGGGUUUUCUGGGAAAAGCCCCUCUGCAGUUGCCACAGGCGCGGCAGGAGGCAGGAGGGAGGUGGAGCUCGAUGGUAGUGCUAAGGAGGAGGAAGAGAAGAAGAAGAGGAGCUUGGAGGGGAGCGGCGGCGAUGAAGUUGGCAAGGAUGAGAGUCUGUCGGAUGCCCAGCAACAGUUUUCUGUGAAGGAAACAAACUUUUCAGAGGGAAAUUUGAAGCUGAAAAUUGGCCUGCAAGCCAAGAGAACUAAGAAACCCCCUAAGAACCUGGAAAACUAUGUCUGCCGGCCUGCAAUAAAGACCACUAUUAAGCAGCCCAGGAGGGUGCAGAAGGUUGGGAAGAUGAUGGAGGAGAAGAGCGACCCUGGCCCUGCAAAGCAAGACCCGUCGAAGCUGUACAAGAAGAGUGGAGAAGCCACAGCGGCGACUGACAGCUCGGCAGCCGAGGGCAGGCCGAGGGAGAGCAGCCCUCUUUCAAAGAAACUUUCACCGCUGCGCUCCGAAGUGACCGAUUAUGGGAAGUCAGCACUUUCCACUCCAGCCGGUAGUCGCGGCCCAGACUCAAAGGACAGAGCUCAGAUUAAUGGAGCACCAACGGUGACAGAAAAACUGGCUCAGCUUAUUGCAACUUGCCCUCCGUCAAAGUCUUCCAAAACGAAGCAAAAGAAGCCCUUCAUGGGAAUUGCUUCUGGAUUUGCUAAAGACUCCGGAAAGAAGCUGCCAGUGGUUGGGGCUGUGACUGUGCCGGCGAGCAAGGACUUUGUAAAGAAACAGCUUGGAAGCGGCACUAUGGGCGUUGCUUUGGGUAACAAGGACUUUGCAAAGAAGCCACCGGGGAUUAGUAGUGGUGUUGGACUAGUCAGCAAGGACUCUGGGAGCAAAAAGCAACCAGGGACUUGCCCCAGCUUGCCUGGGCUAGUUAGCAAGGACUGUGGGAAGAAGCUACCGAUCCUCGGCUCCGCAAUGGGAUUAGUCAGCAAGGAAAUCGGAAGGAAACCACUGUUGUCUGGCAUGCCAGUUGGGCUAGUCAGCAAGGAUUCUGGGAAAAGGCUUCUGGGGACUAACAGUCCGGUUGGAUUACUUACCAAGGAUUCUGGGAAAAAGAUGCUGGGGACUGUUAGUCCACCUGGAUUGGUAAACAAAGACCCUGGGAAGAAGCUACCAGGACCAGGCGGUCCAAUUGUAUUUUUUAAUAAGGAUGCUGGGAGGAAACAUCCAGGGUCAGAUGGGCCAAUCGGAUUGGUCAGCAGGGACUCUGGAAAGAAGCUGCCAGGACUUGGUGCCUCAAGCGGAUUGGUGAAUAAAGAUGCUGGAAAGAAGCCUCUGGGGGCUAGCAGCCCAAUUGGAUUGAUUACUAAAGAGUCUGGAAAGAAGCCACUGGGGGUUGGCAUUCCAGCGGCCCUGGCUGCUAAGGACUCUGAGAAGAAAAUGGCAGGGGCCAGCAGUCUAUGUGGGCUGGCCAAUAAGGACUCGGGGGCUUUGAAGGCAGAUGCUGCUCACCCUUCCGUGGAACCCUUCAAACGGUGUUGCGCGAAUGUCAUAAGUCACGAAAGUCCUCUGCCGCCAGGCCUCUUGAAAGACAGUGUGGGCAGUAAGCCUUUUGAGAAGCACGUUGCAAGGCAGAGUAAAGAAAGCAUCCCGGAAAAGGUAACGGUUCAAAAAGAAGCAUCAGGCGGAGGCAAGGAAGGGGCCUGCAGUCAGCAGGACAGCUCCUCGUCCAGUGAAAGGGGCACGUUUGAAGCACCCAAGCAUGAUAAACAAUUGCCCGUGUAUUGCACUUCCCCCGAAUUCAGGACUUCAGGAGGCGCUUCUGAUGUAUCUACAGCCAAAUCUCCAUUCAGUGCUGUUGGGGAGGGAGGCCUCCCCUCCCCCUCCCCCGCUGCCUCUGUCACUGCUUUAACGCGUAGCCCCACAGCAACCUUGGCUCAGUUAGCUUCCAACCCCCUGCAUUUAAAUAGCACGCCUGAGCUCUUAGAAGGAAUUUCCGAGCAGAUUAGCAAGACCCCGUUUGCCUCUGACAGCACACGCUCAAGUAUGAACCGGGUGCCGAAUCCUGGCUCGCACACUGCUGGCAAAGGGGUCAGCAGGGAAUUAAAUGGUUCCAAAGCUGUGCAUGCUGAUGACCCCAAACUGAGCCCCACCUUAGGCAGGAAGCCCAGCCUGGCAACUGACUCAAACACCCGUGCCACUGUUGCCCCUUCGGUGGUUAGCUUCUCCAGUUUGUUCAACAAUAAGCCCUUUCUAAAGAUUGGUGCCAUGGCUGCAUCAGGUAAACCCUGCCAGGGGGUGGAAACUCUGAGCAGUAGUGGCGGCAGCCCACAAACAACACCUCUGAAGAAAAGGAAAGGAAGGAAGCCGCGCUGGACUAAGGUAGUCUCCAGAAGCACUUGCCGGCCUCCCAAAGGCCUAGAAUUGGGGAGGUCUGAGCUUUUCAAAAACAUUUCUUGCAGCAUGCUGUCAAACAGUAGCCUAGAUCAGGCCAAGCUCUUCAAAAGCGCAGGCCCGCCUUCCUUUGCCCAGCACGAGUUUGUCAAGCGCCAGUUGCCAAAGCUCAGCAAGUCCAAUAGCAUACAAUCCCUCUCUCUGCUCAGCAGCGUUGAGAAGGAGCCCAGCAAAUUUUACAGUCCCCACAUGCAGGCUUCCGUUGGGUGCAUCUCGGACGACCUGCUGCCUGAAAUGUACAAGUCCAAAAGGGCCAGGUCGAAAUCCAAAGAGAUGCCCCACCUGGAGGGCCCCCCGAAGCGGACCCUGAAGAUCCCUGCCUCUAAAGUGUUUUCAGUGCAGUCAAAGGAAGAGCAAGAACCUCCAGUGCUGCAUCCGGAGGUGGAGAUCCCGUCUUUUCAGCAGAGCCUCACAGAGCAAGCUUUUCCGAAGAAGAGGGGCCGUCCGAAGAGGCAGAUCAGAUCGGGGGUCAAGAUGAAACCCCCUGUCCUCUCCGUGGCGCCCUUUGUCGCUGCGGACAGUUCCAACAAGCUGGAUUGUGAAAGCAACCAGCGGCAGAGCGAGGAUUUCUUUGAAGUGGCAAGCCCGUUAGGAGGCCCCGAGGAGCCUGGGAAGACGAGCGCCUGCAACAUGACUGACCUUGAGGUAGAGCCGGACCACAAGGAGAGCAAGCGCAGCAAUGGGCAGCUGAUGAAAACCAUCAUCAGGAAAAUCAACAAGAUGAAGACGCUGAAGCGGAAGAAGCUCUUGAAUCAAAUCCUCUCGUCUACUGCGACAGAACCAAAUAAAGGGAACGUGCAAUCUAAGCUCCACACGACAGUGUCGACCCUCGCUGCCACGUUUGGCUCGAAACUAGGCCAGCAGAUCAACGUCAGCAAGAAAGGAACAAUCUACAUAGGAAAGAGGCGAGGCAGGAAGCCGAAAGCCAUCCUGAAUGGCAUCUUGGCCGCUAAUGCUGACAGCUUGACUCUUCUUGAAAAGUCUGCCCAGCAGGCGACAGGGACGGCGCUCGGACAAGCGGUGGCUCCUUUGCUCCCUUCAGCCACAAAUAACCCUGAGAUUCUUCCUUCACCCAUUUGUUCUCAGUCAUCUGGGGUGAGUGGAGGGCAGAGCCCCGUCAGCAGCGACAUGGGCUUUGUGGAGCCCAACUCAGUGCCCUAUCUGCACCUCCACUCCAGGCAGGGAAGCAUGGUUCAGACCCUGGCAAUGCGGAAGGCCUCGAGGGCCCGGAGGAGGCUCUCCCCGCCGACUCUUCUCCCCAAUUCCCCAUCCCACAUGAGCGAACUCGGCUCGCUGAAGGAAGCCACUCCAUCGCCCAUUAGCGAGUCCCACAGCGACGAGACGAUUCCCAGCGACAGUGGGAUUGGGACCGACAACAACAGCACUUCCGACAGGGCAGAGAAGUUCUGCGGCCCGAAGAAGCGGCGGCACUCCUUCGAGCACAUCUCCCUCAUCCCCCCUGAGACCUCAACGGUCCUGAGCAGCCUGAAAGAGAAACACAAGCACAAGUGCAAACGCCGCAGCCACGACUACCUGGCCUACGACAAGAUGAAGAGGCAGAAGCGGAAGCGGAAGAAGAAGUACCCGCAGCUGCGGGGCAGGCAGGACCCCGAUUUCCUGGCGGAGCUAGAGGAGCUGAUCAGCCGCUUGAGCGAAAUCCGGAUCACCCACCGGAGCCACCAUUUCAUCCCCCGGGACUUGCUGCCCACGAUUUUCCGCAUCAACUUCAACAGCUUCUACUCCCACCCCACCUUCCCUCUGGAUCCUUUGCACUACAUCCGAAAGCCCGACCUGAAGAAGAAGAGAGGCCGGCCACCCAAAAUGCGCGAGGCCAUGGCGGAAAUGCCCUUUAUGCACAGCCUCAGCUUCCCCCUCUCUGGCACUGGGUUCUACCCCUCUUACGGCAUGCCUUACUCUCCUUCUCCCCUUGCGGCCGCUCCCAUCGGCCUAGGCUAUUACGGGCGGUACCCGCCGACCCUCUACCCGCCUCCGCCUUCCCCUUCGUUCACCACCCCGCUGCCGCCUCCGUCAUACAUGCACACCGGCCACUUGCUCCUCAACCCCGCCAAGUACCACAAGAAGAAGCAUAAGCUGCUUCGCCAGGAGGCCUUCCUCACCGCCAGCCGGGCGCCCCUCCUCUCCAUGAGCACCUACCACCCCAGCGUCCCACCGGAGAUGGCCUACGGCUGGAUGCUGGAGCACAAGCACCGCCACCGCCACAAGCACCGCGAGCACCGCUCUUCCUCAGAGCAGCCGCAGGUCUCCCUUGACACCUUGGCACCCAGCGGCCCUUCCCGAACCGUCCUGGAGUCCCUGAAGCGCUACCGGUUCGGGAAGGAGGCCGUUGGCGAGAGGUACAAGCAUAAGGAGAAGCACCGUUGCCACAUGCCCUGCCCACACCUGUCCCCUUCGAAAGGCCUGCUUGGGAGGGAAGAGCAGUGGGUCCGGAGGGAGCCGGCAGAGCCCAACUCCUCCCUGGCUCUGGGGCUACAGACGCCGCUGCAAAUAGACUGCUCAGACACUCCACCCAACCUGCCUCUGGGGAGGUUCACUCCCAGCUCCGAGCCGGUCAGCAGCGACGAGCACACAAACCUUUUUACCAGUGCAAUAGGCAGCUGCCGAGUCUCCAGCUCUGCCGCCACCGGCGGGCGCAAAAAACUGUCUGAUGGCUCCGGACUCUUUGGCCCCCAGGAAGCCUCGCUCAGCCGGCCUCUCCGGAAGGAGACAUUGCCCCCUAUGGAGAAGGCAGGGCCAACCUUGUCAGGAAAUCUUCCAGCACAAGACAAACCCUUGCAGAGGCCAUCGGAGGGCACGAGCUGCAGCCCCUCCAGGAAGAGGUCUUCAUCCGAGAGCACAUCUUCUACAGUGGCUGCUCUUCCUUCACGAAGUACAAGGCUCGGGACUGCAGUGGAAGAUCCUGUGGAUAAUCUACUGCAGCGCAUGGCUCAACAUGAAAGCCAGGGUGCCCUGGACAAGACCCUUGAGGCCGUCAUGACGCACACGCCUGUUCUGCCCUCAGGUAGCCCCAGCCGAAGCCCCAGCAGGGAGAAGAGCAGUGGGCUCUUGAUUCCGGGCAAUGCGGGUGGCGACAGCAUCUCGCUCCUUUCAGACCGGUUGUUGAGCGGCUACUCCCCCCAUCACCUCAAGAGGAGCGUGGUGGAAGCCAUGCAGUGCCAGGCGAGGAAAAUGUGCAAUUACGACAAGCUCUUGGCCACUAAGAAAAACCUGGACCACGUCAACAAAAUCCUCAAAGCCAAGAAGCUGCAGAGGCAGGCACGGACUGGCAAUAACUUUGUGAAGCGCAGACCCGGCCGGCCCAGGAAGUACCCCUUGCCCUCAGUGGUUUCAGUCCACGCCCUCCAGGUGAGCCGCUUUGUCAGCCAAGAACUGGACGGUGGGGGCCAAGGCUGCCUGCUCCACUGCAGUCCUGACACGGUUACUGAUGCCAUAGAAUCAGUGGUUCAGGGGGUGAACGUGAAAGGCUGGAAGAGGAAGAGGUGGCUGGAGGAGGAGCAGGCCAGGAAAAGGCAGAAGCCUCUACCAGAUGACGAGCAGGAGAGCAAUAAAAGCUUUUCUGAGACAACAACAGAGUCCCCUCCUACUGAUGAGGCGAUAGUGAAGCCGCGUGAGCUGGAGAAUGUUGAGCAGCCGCUGACUUCGCUUGUGCAGCGUGAGAAGAAAGCUCCGCGCCCCCCAAAGAAGAAAUAUCAGAAGGCAGGGCUCUACUCUGAUGUGUACAAAACCACCGACCCCAAAAGCCGACUGAUCCAGUUAAAGAAGGAAAAAUUGGAGUACACUCCUGGGGAGCACGAGUACGGAUUGUUCCCGGCACCUAUCCACGUGGGGAAAUACCUACGCCAAAAGCGAAUAGACUUCCAGUUGCCUUAUGACAUUCUUUGGCAGUGGAAACAUAAUCAGUUGUAUAAAAAGCCAGACGUCCCGCUUUAUAAAAAAAUCCGUUCUAACGUCUAUGUGGAUGUGAAGCCUCUUUCUGGUUACGAGGCCACGACCUGCAACUGCAAGAAGGCUGAGGAUGGCAACAGAAACGGCUGUUUGGAUGACUGCUUGAACAGGAUGAUCUUCGCUGAGUGCUCCCCCAACACCUGCCCCUGUGGAGAGCAGUGCUGCAACCAGCGGAUCCAGAGGCAUGAGUGGGUGCAGUGCUUGGAGCGCUUCCGGGCCGAGGAGAAAGGCUGGGGCAUUCGCACAAAAGAGCCCCUGAAAGCUGGGCAGUUCAUCAUCGAGUACUUGGGAGAAGUGGUCAGCGAGCAGGAGUUCAGGAACCGGAUGAUUGAGCAGUACCACAACCACAGCGAUCACUAUUGCCUCAACCUCGACAGCGGGAUGGUGAUUGACAGCUAUCGCAUGGGCAACGAGGCUCGCUUCAUCAACCACAGCUGCAACCCAAACUGUGAGAUGCAGAAAUGGUCCGUCAACGGUGUCUACAGGAUUGGGCUGUAUGCAUUGAAGGAUAUGCCUGCCGGCACUGAGCUGACUUAUGAUUACAACUUCCACUCCUUCAAUGUGGAAAAGCAGCAACUCUGCAAAUGCGGCUUUGAGAAGUGCAGAGGGAUCAUUGGGGGCAAGAGCCAGCGCGUGAACGGCCUCCUGAGCAAAACCAACCAGCCCGUCACUGCCCAGAGGAGGCUGAGCCGGUCCAAAGAGAAGAGGAAAUCGAAGCACAAGUUGAAGAAGAGGAAGGGUCACAUUCCUGAGGAGCCCAGUGAAAGUUCGAGUACCCCGACUCGGCUGACACCGCAGCUCCAAAUGAAGCCCAUGUCCAACAGGGAAAGGAAUUUUGUGCUGAAGCAUCAUGUUUUCUUGGUGCGCAAUUGGGAGAAGAUCCGGCAGAAGCAAGAGGAGGUCAAGCACGCCAGCGACAACCUUCAGUCCGCCUCGUUAUACACCCGCUGGAAUGGGAUGUGCCGGGAUGAUGGCAAUAUAAAAUCUGAUGUCUUCAUGACACAGUUCUCUGCCCUGCAGACUUCCCGCUCAGUGCGGACACGGCGGCUGGCUGCGGCCGAGGAGAACAUCGAAGUGGCGCGGACCGCACGCCUCGCGCAAAUCUUCAAGGAGAUCUGCGACGGGAUCAUCUCGUACAAAGAUUCCUCCAGACAGCUGCUUGCAACUCCUUUGCUGAAUCUUCCCCCGAAGAAAAAAAAUGCAGAUUACUAUGAGAAGAUCUCUGACCCCCUUGAUCUCACCACCAUCGAGAAGCAGAUCUUGACAGGCUACUACAAAACUGUGGAAGCUUUUGAUGGCGACAUGCUGAAGGUCUUCCGCAACACUGAAAAGUACUACGGCAGGAAAUCCCCAAUUGGGCGGGACGUCUGCCGGCUGCGGAAGGCCUACUACAAUGCCCGCCACGAGGCAGCUGCCCAGAUCGAUGAGAUUGUCGGAGAGACGGCGAGCGAGGCGGACAGUAGCGAGACCUCCAUGUGCGAGAAGGAGAGCGGGCACGAGAAGGAUGAGGACGUGAUCCGCUGCAUCUGUGGCUUGUACAAGGAUGAAGGGCUCAUGAUCCAGUGUGACAAGUGCAUGGUCUGGCAGCACUGUGACUGUAUGGGGGUGAACUCUGACGUCGAACACUACUUGUGUGAGCAGUGUGAACCUCGCACAGUGGAUAGGGAGGUUCCUAUGAUCCCCCGACCUCAUUAUGCCCAGCCUGGCUGUGUUUACUUCAUCUGUCUGUUACGGGACGAUCUGUUGCUACGUCAAGGUGACUGCGUGUACCUGAUGAGAGAUAGCCGAAGGACCCCAGACGGCCACCCUGUCCGGCAGUCGUACCGCCUGCUUUCCCACAUCAACAGAGAGAGACUCGACAUCUUCCGUAUCGAAAAGCUCUGGAAGAACGAGAAGGAGGAACGGUUUGCCUUUGGCCACCACUAUUUCCGUCCGCAUGAAACGCACCACUCCCCGUCCCGGAAGUUCUACCACAACGAGCUGUUCCGAGUACCGCUGUACGAGAUCAUCCCCUUGGAGGCUGUGGUGGGCACCUGCUGCGUCCUGGAUCUCUACACCUAUUGCAAAGGCAAGCCAAAAGGGGUGAAGGAGCAGGACGUCUACAUCUGCGACUACCGCCUUGACAAGUCAGCCCACCUUUUCUACAAGAUCCACCGGAACCGCUACCCAGUCUGCACCAAGUCCUACGCCUUCGACCACUUCCCCAAAAGGAUGACGCCGAAAAGAGACUUCUCGCCUCAUUAUGUACCAGACAACUACAAGAGGAAUGGAGGCAGAUCAUCUUGGAAAUCUGACCGUUCCAAGCCCCAGAACAAAGACCUGAGCCAAGAGGAGGACCCCCUGCCGCUCAUGGAAGAUGUGAUCGUGAGUCAGGACCAGGCCCCCAGCGAGCCGGCGCCCAGCCUGGAGGAGCCAGAGAAAGAGGCGCCUCCUCAGGAGAGUGGCGAGGUGGAGAAAAAGGUGGAGGACAGCAGCCCCAUCCCCAGGCGGCCCUGCACCCCGGAGGAACGCAGGCACAUGCAGCGAGAGAGGCUCAACCUCAUCCUCCUCACCCUCCUAGAGAAAAUCCCAGGGAAAAAUGCCAUUGAUGUCACGUACCUGCUAGAGGAAGGUUCUGGGAGGAAGCUGCGGCGGCGCACUCUGGUUCUUCCCGAGAGCAGCUUUAGGAAGUGACGCUGUGCCCCGGGGACAGAGGCUGCGGCCUGGAGUUUUCCACCAUCGGAUUGUGCGUGAGAUGGACUUGGACGGACGAGGCUUUGCCGCCUUCCUGUGCCUCUGCAGUGUGCGUUGAGGGCGUCAGGUGGGCAAGAGGAAACUGACAUACACACACAAAAACCCCACGGUUCUGUAGCACUUAGAAGAAAUGGUUGGGCAGGUGCACCACCCUGCCCCUUCACCCGCGGCCUGCCUGGCAGUGGUCUUAUGUGUGUGGUGUUGGGUGUGCCUUGUUGUCAAUGUUGAGGUACUAAGGGGGGGGACACCUUGUGGUUCUUUGUCCAAGAUGGUCAAAUUUUAGUUUAACUUAUUCCCCCUCCACCCUCCCCACCCCAGCGUCCCUGCGCCAGAGGGAGGGGAAAGGGGGGUGUACAAGUUGGGCAGAUUGGUGAACCGGUUCGGAACCACACUCUUUCCGGAGGAACCCUCCCCAGUGCACAUCAUUUCUCCUUCGGCUGGCGCAACAGCCCGAUUUCGGAAGUUGUUUGGGAGGGCGGAGGUGAUGGCAUGAGGAAGUGUCCGGGCCCUGAGGGGCUGAAGACAAAGGGAGGGGGGCAAGGUCUUCGAUUUUGCGCAAGAUGCAACAGAGGAAGUGUGGCGCUCUGAGCGUGAGGGGGCUGUCGGACAUCCUGUGUGGAAAGCACCCCAUCGCCACGGAGGCCGCGGACUUGAAAUGAAAGCACUUGGUUCUGCGUUCUGCACCUCGGGGCGGGGGUGCGGUGGGCGGUCAAGGAGAACGACGGUGGUUUUAAUUUCUCUCUCUCCCUCCCCCCCCCUUUUUUUUUGCUGCAGAAGAUUUUUUAUAAAGCCAAGUUGACCCCGUUUUACUUAUUUUAGUGUUUUUGGUUGGGUUUUAUAUAUAAAUAUAUAUAUAUAUAUAAGAAAAAAGAAAAAAAUUAAAUAAGCUGUGGUUCUUGUGUGUCCAGUGCAUUGUGAAAACUUUCAAAGACAAAAAAAGAGAGGAAAACUGUCACGACAAAGGCAAACAAAAAAACCCAACUUUUCACUACACGAACCGUCAAGCAGUAUUUUCUGAGCGCGUAUUUGUUGUGAAACUGUAGACUAUUAUCCACUGAUUAACACUACUCUUUGUGUUUCUUUUCUUUUUUUAAGAAAAAGAAGAAAAAAAUAUAAAACCUGUACAGCUUAAAAGCGUCCCGUCUCUUAGAGAGACAGUGUAUUUUACUCUUCCCGCCUCUCUCUCUGCCCUUAAUCCAAGGAGGGGGUGGAUUAAAAAGACACAAGUGUUAACUCUCGUCAGCUGCAGCGAAGGAACUGUUUCCUUGCUUUUGAUGCAGGAGGGUGUUCAGCUGCCCUAGUUGCUGUGGUCCAGUGCCAGGCCCAAGGGAGGGGUGUUCCACUCCCUCUGGAUACCGGCAACUUUACGGGCAGAUGCACGGGCAAAGGGAGCUGGCAGUUAGGCAUACACUGGCCCUUUAAAUGUGGCUUUGCUCUCAGUCUCUCUUUGGCGUUCAUAUGCAUAUUAUGGUCCUGUUUUAGAUGUCCUUACGAAAGACUCCCGUUUUUAAAUGUGCCAAGUUGUAUAUAUCUUAAAUCUUCCUCUCUCCCCCCCCCUUCCUUUGCUGUGUGGUUGUAAAGCAAUAUGGUAGCUCUCUCUCACAAUCUCUCUCCGUGUUCCUUCCCGACGGACCAACCUUUGUCCUGAUUGUACAUUCUCGUUGACUAUAUAAUCCUUAUUUUACUCUUCAUUUGGAACAAUAACAACAACGAAAGGGUCCAUUCCAUUCAAAUUUUAACCUGGCGAUUUAAAUAAAAAAAAAAGUUUGGGGUGGGGGCGGGGGCAAGAGAGGGGUGGGAAAGAGGAGGGGGAAAGCAUAUUUUAUUAAAAAAAGAGAGAAGACAAAUAAGAAAAUAGUUUGGAAUAUUUUCUUACUGUAGAGAAGCAUUGUACAGGAGAACCCUGAGUAUUAAAUACUCAUGUGUGUCGUAGGGGAAAAAAAGUUUUAAAAAAAUCGCAUGUCUGAAAAUCUUUUGAGUCGCUCCAUUUAGUUCAAAACGGGGGGGAAAUCGUCAUCUCAAAAUGGUGUUAAACACUAAAAAAAGAAAGAAAGAAAAACCAUGAGAAGUCCUUUUAAAGAAGAAUAAUGAAAAGCUUGCCCUGAUGCGAGACACUAGCUCUGCCAUUUUAUCUUUCUUUCGUUGAAAGACUAAAAACAAUGUUUUUUAGACAAUCAAAUUCUAGGUAAGUGCGAAGAAUUUGUUGGUUUUAGGGUUUUUUUUAGUUUUUGGUUUUGUUUUCUUACUGGUGUAGAAAAUUACUGACUUUUUAAAAAAAUUCUGGGUGGGUGGCUUAUUUUGUAUUAACUGAGGAGACUGGCAGCGUUUCACCUGAUCGCUGAUGGAAGCCCAGGAAAAUAGGGGAGGGGAGGGGAAAGCACUACAUUUGUUGCAAAUAUAGAUAUGAACUCUUUUUAGUCUGCAUGGGGAUAGGCCGUGUGGUUGCUGAGGAGAAAUGCUGCUAAGAUAUUUCCUUUUUACAAGAGCAUAUCUAAAUAGACCAUUGUUUUGAUGUUAAUCUUUGUAAAUUAUGUAUUACCAAUUUUAACAUUGGAUGUAAUUGCAUAAAAGGCCUGCAUCUCAAAUACUGAGAGAUUCUAGUAUUAAAUGGGAAAAAAAAUGUUUCCUA